AUGAAAAAUAGAACAGCAGUGACAGAUUUCAUCCUCAUGGGUUUGACAGAUAAUCCAAAACUACAGAUUGUUAUUUUUUUCUUUUUAUUCCUCACAUAUAUUCUGAGUGUUACAGGAAACCUAAUUAUCAUCAUUCUUACUCUACUGGAUUCGCACCUAAAGACUCCCAUGUAUUUCUUCCUCAGAAAUUUCUCAUUUUUAGAAAUUUCAUUUACUUCUGUCUGCAAUCCUAGAUUUAUGGUCAGUAUCAUUACUGGGAACAAAUCUAUUUCCUAUAAUGCUUGUGCAGUUCAGCUAUUUUUUUUUAUCCUCCUUGGUUCAACUGAAUUUUUCCUUUUAGCUUCUAUGUCUUGUGAUCGGUAUGUGGCUAUCUGUAAACCUCUACACUAUACAACCAUCAUGAGUAGCAAGAUCUGCUAUCAACUUGUAAUUAGCUCUUGGGUGGCUGGUUUUUUGAUUAUUUUUCCACCAUUGAUAAUGGGCCUAGGGCUGGAUUUCUGUGACUCCAAUGUCAUUGAUCACUUCACCUGUGACUCAGCUCCUUUACUGAAAAUCUCUUGUACAGACACAAGUACUCUAGAACUCAUGAGCUUUAUUUUAGCUGUAUUUACUCUCUUGUCAACCUUGACAUUAGUAAUUAUUUCCUAUACUUACAUCCUUAGAACAAUUCUGAGAAUCCCCUCAGCUCAACAGAGAAAAAAGGCUUUCUCAACCUGCUCCUCCCAUAUGAUUGUGGUGUCCAUCUCUUAUGGCAGUUGCAUUUUCAUGUAUGUAAAAACAUCAGCAAAGGAAGGUGUUGCUUUGACAAAAGUGGUUGCUAUGCUCAAUACUUCUGUAGCUCCUAUGCUGAACCCCUUUAUUUACACUCUAAGAAAUCAGCAGGUGAAACAAGCAUUAAAAGAUAUUAUAAAAAGGACACUUUCAGCAAAAACAUUAAUCUGA